GGAGCGGUUGUUUCGAAUGGUCACGGUACAGGAAUGAAUUGUCAUAUUUUAUUUGUUUUCAAAGUUGGCCAUUCUGUACAACGAAAACCUAAACCUGUUAAUGGUCGGACACAUCAUUGGAGGUGUUAUGUAGACAGUUGGAAUCCACGUUAUCCUUUGUCAGCAUUUGUGAAGAAAGUCACUUUUAAACUACAUAGUACAUUUGAAAAUCCGAGACAAGGUGUCCGCUUGAGGUUGUUUUAUGUAUAUAUGUAUGUAUAUGUCAUUUAGUUCUAGUCACUACACGUAGAUAGGUAGGAAAUUUACUCUGUAUUUACGUUUUGAAAUCCUUAUUACUCCUUAGCGAUUAAUGUUUCUUGGAUUGUGGGGGCAAAGUUAGAUCCAAUCGUUCCACAUCUUAUUGUUUUCACAUUCUCACGACAAAUUUCCACUGUUUGCAAGUAUAUUUAGUAACCAAAGAAUUCUCAAUAGUGAAAUAUUGUUUGAUUUGUUGAGAGAACUAAACUUUCAGUAUUCGGUUAUGAGUGUCUUUACGUACUUUGGUGCUAGCGAAAUACCAAUGUCAAGGCUUCAGGUAGAGUUUCGAUAAAGAGGAACCAAUCAAUGUAGUUGCGAAUUCUCGGUAACUGAAUCAUCUGAGAUAUUUAUCCGCAUCUGAUUAUGGGUUAUCUCGAUUCACAAUAUCGAAAGUCGUAAUAACGAACUAGUGAAGGUCAGUCCAAGUUACCUCAUCAUUCUAUAAAAUUAAUGACUUUUGAUCUGAACACUGAGUCAGUCAUUUAGUAUAAAAAAAUCAAUGGUCUAAAGUUUUAAGUGAUAUAGCCCAGAAUAGGCUGUAAAUUCACAUCUUGUUCUACAUCUUGAACAUAUUCUGUGUUUAUUUAUUUUUCAUUCGCUUCUCCGUACUAAUGUUAAUAUAUUUCCCCUUUUCUGUUUUUUUUGUUAUGUAUUGAUUCGAUACACACCUGUUUCAGGCUCUAGUUUUUUCUACUCGUCUGUUUGAACUGAAAAUGUAUAGAUUAGCCCUGAUGCUCAUAGGUUUACUGAAUCCAGCUUUUCACAUUAAUGUAUCCCGUGGUUUUCCACAUAUUGAUACAGGUCCAUAGCUUGAUUCAUAUCUUUCCCUUGGUAUUAACAUGAUAAACUCGGAAGCCCUAUCAUGCAUGAGCAGUGUUCUAAAGAAUAUUGCAGAUUGUAAUCCGCUAUACAUGCCACACCCUAUAGAAAAAUAUCACUGUAUAUACUCGUCCCUUAAUCACAAUAUGUUAGUACUUAUUAGCUUGAAAAAUAAAGUUCUUAAUCCACCCUAUCCCACUAAUCAUUAUCGUCUUAUAAGAUCAUUUACACGUUUUAUUCGAGUGAAAAUACCCUAAGCCUAGCUGGUCUUGACGUUUGAGCCAAUUCAUCUACAUCUAUUCAUUUAGGUUGAUGAAUUUGUUGAACACAUUCAAUCGGUAGUUGAUGACAAAAUAACGUAUUUGAGUUCAACAUUGAAUUGGUGUGAGAUUGUAGCAAAUAGCAUAUUGCUUUACGAUAAUAUUACUCACACCUUUAAUAUAUGAUAAAAUUAGCUAAGAUGACGUCUUUUUUGUCCUGUUUUAAAAUUCUAAUUACUUUUACACAAGAUUUCAUUGUGUUCAUGGAGUAAAUUCUCGAUUCCUGUCAACUAUCAUAUGUUUAACUCCUUUAGUUAGGUUAGAGUACAAUGCACCACUUCUACAGUAUCAAGGUUUAGUAGGAUGUCUUAACUUUGGUCAUUGAUAAACUUAAUUACAUGCCGUUUUUUUGAUAGUUGUGCGACAAGCUCCGUUCGCUAUAGAAGAAGAUGGUUUUGGAACAUUCCAGCUUCAAAUUGAAGUCGCAUUCCUUGACUGUGUUACUACAUUUUACUAUGAUUUAACACUUUUCGAUCAGAAUGCUUUACACACAUAUCGUACGAUACAAAUGGAUCCCGCUCCUGAAGAUUGGAGUAAACUCAUUCAACUUGGAGGAGUAAGUUAGUUGUAUGAUUUGUUUGAGUUGUAAAUUUUAUGAUCAUUAGUUUGUUUUAAUUCUUUUCUGGUAUAUUAGCUUAAAUACUCCAUAUAUUGUGUGUAUUUGUGCUUCAGUAUGCCACGCAAAGUAAUUAUUUGUAUAAUUCUGAUAAACUCAACUUUAUUCGUUUUAUUUUUUAUUCAUAUUAGAUGUUAGUCCAAGUCAGUCAGCAAUGUCAAAACUGAGACAUAUAUGUAUUCGUUCAAAUCACUACACCAUAUCAUUACAGCUUAACAUUAAAAACAAAUAUAUUUGAAGUAGAUUGUUUACGAGUAAUUUACCAUCGCAAUGUGAACCAUUGUAAAGUAUCAGUCUUUCACCAUAUUUCUAUACUUAACAAAUAAACUAGUCAUAAUCGUAUAAGUACAGGUGGUAGUAGUGAAACAAUUCUAAAUGAAGUGAAACAAUAUUUUGUAUUUUCUUUUUUUCGUAUUGGACAACUGAUAUCGAAAUAUUAUUGAAUCAUAAACGUAUUACUUGAUUUUCAGAUAAAAAAAGUAUUUGUUUAGUACAUUUACUACUUUCUUAGCGGUCGUCCAGAUUUUUAACCUUCUUAUCCGUUUUUAAGAGGUUAUUAAUUAAUUAAUAAUAACUUUCGUCUAAAUUCGAUCGAAUAGUUUCACAGUAUUUGGGUGCCGAGUUAAUAUGAGACAUUAAAGAGGAAGAAUGUAUUUGUAAAACCUCAGCGAAUGAAUUUCGAAGUAAAUCCAACGUUUCGCCUGGCAAUCUGGUCCAAACUUUUUCAAGGAAAUAUAAUCAAACAUUACAAUUAUCGAAUAUAAAUAGAUACAUGGUUCUCUGGUUCACUGUACUGAAAAGACCAUCCAAUCAACGUUAACAAUGUUUAAAGUAUGUAUCUACAAUAGUGUGUAAGAGACGUGUGGUGUGAAAACGAAAAGUGUUAAGAUAACAGAUUGUGUGUAAGUGAGAAGAAAUUUAAUUCACUAUAUAUUGUCUUCGGCCAGUGAAUAUUAAGAAAACAUAUAAUUUUCUAUAUAUGAUAUGAAUCAAAAAUGUCACAGCAUUCAUUAAGUGAAAAUAAAUAAACAAGAUAAAAGAAUGAAUUCAAAGAGAAAGAAUGCAUUUGUAAUUGAAAGUUUGUGUUAUUGUUAAAUUUCCAGUCAACUGUUUAACAUAUUCAGAUAAGAUAACUGAUUUGAACCGUUGAAUGUUUUAUCUGUUAAUUAGUUUAAUGCAAUAUAGAUAGAAUGGAAUAAGGAGUUCAGGUUUACUUAAUAAUUAUUAGUUGCCAUGAGGCAGCUAGUUGUAUUCCAUCUCUCCUAUUAAUACUGUUUGGAUUAGCCCAUAUAUGUAGGGCUUCAGCUGUUAGUCUUUCUUUCUAAGAAUUAAAGCCUUUUUGAAAGAUUCUUGUGCCAUUCAAAUCACUUGUAUGACCCGAUUCUAUCGAGUGUAAUGCUAUCACUAAUUUGUUCUCGAGUUUUUUUUACCUCAACUGAAGAUUUCGGAAUGUGCUUCAACCAUAGUUUGUGUUCUUUCACCCUCACAUUCAGUCGGAUUUACUUCGAAUUUCAUUCGCUGAGAUUUUACAAAUACAUUCUUCCUCUUUAAGGUUAUUAAUUAAGUUGAAAACAAUCAGUUCUCCAUAUAUGUAUUAAUCAAUUACUGUGUCAGUAUCAAUGAUUAUAGUAGAAUUUCUAUCGUUCUUUAUUCAGUAGUAAUUCUAACUUAGUCUUAAAAACAAACUGUAUUAUUUCUUUGACCCUUACACAUGUAAAGUGUGUGUGACUCAUUAAUAAGAUGAUGAUACACAUGAUAGUAUUUUGUCUUUAACUUGUUUUUAUUUAUCCAUGUUCACCCCUAUAUUCUGAUAGUAUUUUCUUAUACAUUAGUUUAAUCUACAUUUUAAAUAAAAUUUUGCAACAUCGAACAUCUUGUGUAGUUUUCACGAGUAUUUAAAAAACGAUCAUAUUAUUUAUUUCAUUGAAUAAUGAGAGGUGGUUGAUUAGGUGCUCUUUUUUCUGUAUUGUUUAACCUUAAUGAUUGUUUAAAUUGUUUCCAUAAAUUAUUCAUGUGAGAAAAUGUCAAUGAAAUAACCUUUUAGACUGAUAUCGAAUGCUUCAUCUUUAAAAAAAACAACUAAUGCUUAUCAAAAUGUAAUACCGGCAAAAAAUUCAUAAUUUGGUCUGCAAUUAUUUAUCGCCUAAGAAGAAUUUGUGCUAUAUAACUAGAUGGUUACCGAUAUGUUUUUUUUCAGUAAUAGAAACUUCCUGCAAAGAAUUUGAAUGACUAAUAUCUGUAAACUUGCACUUGUAUAUAGAAGCUAAGUUAUGUGGCUUAAGUUGUUUAAAAAUACUUUUAUAUAGUAACUGAUUAUCAUGAAUCAGUUCAAGUCGAAUAAUAAUUAAGUUUAUCAAUUCACUGGACAUCGUUUCCUUAUUUUUACUAACUUUAGGAAUGUUUUUAUUAUGUGUAAUUUUUGUGUUUUUUUCUUUUUAGAACUAAUUAUUUUCAGUUAAGUAUUGAUGAUCAUAAUUUUUCGUUUUCAUUUUUCCCUACUUUGAGUAAAGACUUUACUGCAACACAAGAUGAAUGGAGUUCGUUUAGUGAUCAUUGAUAAAACAAGUGUGUAUGACAUAUAUAACGUAUAGUACAUUUUAUUCUACGUUUUCUGUUUUGUUUUAUAUGGUUGACAUUAGAUCGCUAUUCCACGGACAUCAACUCAAUCUACUGUACAUGAGAUCGUUCAAACUAUUCAGUCAUACUCUGACCUAGAAUCACUUCAUCCAUUUUCGUUCUAUCCAGAAUUGGAACCAACUACAAAAGCUGUUAGCAAAGAUAAAUCGUUUGCUUAUACAAAUCAAAGCAAAGUGCAAAAUUAUCAAGAGUCCGAUGUAUAUCCAAACUCAAAAGUAUUGGACUACAGCUCAAAUUAUCAAACUUCACAUUAUGAUGAAUUAGUUAGAAAAUCACCGGAAAAGCAUAAUUUCAUAAUGGAUUCAAAUGUUAGGCAUAGUUUACCAGUAUCAUCUUCAUCCUCUUCGGAUCGAUUAUUGACAAAUCAACAUCUACCACAAAAACAUAAAAAGAAAUUACAAUUAUUACAUGAAGCGCAAUUAUUAUUGGAAAAAGCACAACAGAGUAGAAAUUGGGCACCGGUAAUCUCUCCACCUCCACCACCACCUGUGCAACCACUUAUAACUGGAACUAUAAAUAGUCCUGAAGAUAGUCAUAUACCUUCACCGAAUCUAUCUACGUGGUCUUCACAAUUAAGUCCAUCAAGAUCAAGUUCACACGAUCCGACUGAUGUACUGAAUCAUCAUCAACAUAAUCUAUCCUAUGAAAAUCAAAAAUCUCCUGUUGCACAAUUUCAUGAGGAACCAAUUGUCGAUCCGCCAUUCAACAAAUCUCCAAGAUCUGACUCGACUAGGUUAGUAUCUAUGGUUGGCUCUAGUCAAGAUAGUUCUGGUCCUAAACAACGUAUUGUAUUAAAAUUAUCACGAUCGAGUUGUGGCAGUCAGUUGUCUGUUUCAUCUUCACAACCACUCGAAGGUGAAUCUAUGGAGAGAUCGGAAAGAAAAAAACGUAAAAAAGAAUCAAAGAACGAACGUCGUAGUAAGAAUUUGGGGAGCUCGCCUACAAAACAUUCGUCUGAAUGUCAUAAUACUACUGUAGUGACUACUACUAAUACCACUAAUGUUUAUACUUUGAAUAAAGAUAUAAUUAAUACUGUCACAAACAAGAGUAAACAAGCUGUACAAAUAUUUUCUUCGGAAACAUCACCUUCAUUAUGUAAAAGAAAUUCACCAAGAAAGUAUUCAUCUCAUGAUACAUAUUCAAAUGAUUCAAGUCCUGAAUUAACAUAUAAUUCACGUAAAUCUACACUAAAUAAAAAUCUUAAAAUUUCCUUUGAUAACAACAAUAAUAAUAAUAAUCAGAAAACCUUUGUAGAUGCUGAUGAACACGAUGAUCUAUUUAAAUAUAAUCGAAGAAAUUCAAAUCAACAAUAUUAUCAACAAUAUUCAUCGGUUAAUAAUAUACAACAGGAUACAAAUGAUACAUUUACAUCUGAUAUUGAUUCAUUAUGUGAUUCUGUUAGUCGAUCAACUCAUUCACAUUUACUUCUUAUUGACCAAAAAGAAGAUGAUUAUCAUGAUGAAUCCGGAAGAGAAACUCCAGUGGUUGAUUAUUUUGGUGAUGAAUUUCAACAACAUAAUCAGAAAGAUCAACAACAUUCAUCUGCAUUUUCAUCGUCAACAAUUGAAUCUUCAUUGAUGGUAAGAAAUGUCAAAUAUCCUGAUGAAAUACCUAUUGUUAAUAGUCAAAAUCGUAUCCAAUCAAUUAUUAACAAUGAUACUAAUAGUACUAAUAGAUUAGUUGAUUCAGGAGAACCAUUAACACAUUCAGUUAUUGUUAAUACAAGUAGAGAAUUAUAUGAAGAAUAUAAUGAUUUUACAUCAUUAUCAAAAAAUUGUUCAACUUAUGAACAUUCUAAUGAUCAAGAUGAUACAAAACGAAAUAAAUUCAAUAUAGAUGAAAAAAUCAAAUUAAAACAAUUAAAUAAUAAAUUAAAGCAUAAAAAUUCUUUUAAUUCAUCAAUUAAACUAUUAUCUCAUACAGGCAAGAACCAACUAGAUCUUGAAAGAUCCACUGACUCAACAAUUCGGGUACCACCAGCAGUAAAACAGUUUAAAGUAUCAGAUCAUUCCAAUUCGAUGAAUAAUAAUUGUCAGUCAAAAUCACUUAGUAAUCUCGAAAGUAAUUCAGCAGACGUGUAUAAUAGAAAAAAGCCAGUUGCGAAAAAGUUCAAAUCUCAUGAUAGCUCGUCUUCUUCUUCUUCUUCAUCAUCAUCAUCAUCAUCCUCUUCGUCUUCAACAACAUCGUCAUCGUCAAAACGAUUGAAUAUACCUGCAGUUGAUCAUACUACAUUGUAUGGAAAUUCACCAACCAUUCAUAAAACAAAAGACAAUGAGUUGAAAAAUAUGGGUAAAUUUAAAACAAUUGAAAAGUCAUCAGAACAACGGCAACACUCAUCAAAUAAAAUGCUACCCAGCGAUCAUGAAACAUGGAAAUCAAUGACAGUCUCCGGUACACAUAAAUAUGCUUCAAAAGUUUUAUAUCCCACUGAGAAUAAUAAGCAAAAUAAUAAUGAACAAUCGGUAAUGAGAGAACAGUCAAAUCGAGGACCUUCCAAUAGUUCCACUUCAUUCGACAAAGUCAGUAACGACAGCAAUAACAUUGCAACAUCAACUGUGUCGCGAAUCGAUAAUGACUUUAUUAAUACAGAGUUAUCAUCUCUAUCUUCGGAUUCACCAUGUGAUUCUUCAUCAUCCUCUGUCACUCCACCAAUGUUAUCUGAUGAAACUUUUCAUUUGAUAAGUGUGAACGAAGUUGAAUUCGAUGAAUCUCAAAGUGGUACUGUAAACAACUCAAAAUCAAGUGUAAACAAACCUAUUGCGACUCCGGCUUCUCUACUCUCGGUACGUGGAUCAGAAUCUGUUGUCGUACAGGAGAAAAACGAUACAAAUCCCACCAGUAAAGUAAUCUCAUCUAAUAAUAAUAGUAGCAAGUUGGAAAGAUGUAUGAAUCUCGAUCAUCAGGUUACUUCUGCAAACGUUGACAACGAUAAUUCAGAAUCCACAAAACCCAGUGAUUAUAAUUUGGAAGUUUUAUUCGAUAGAUUAAUUCGUUUACGUGAACCACAUCUAGCUAUUCGUAUGAGUGAAAUCCUGUUAUACUACAUAUCUGCAAAACCACUUGAUUCUUCAGAACGUAAAAAUAAGUCAAAUCUCAGUGCAUCCAAUAGUAAUAACAGUAGUAAUUUUGGCAAGGGUGUAAAAGUGAUACACAAUAACCCUAAAUUGAUUGCAUUUGACCUGCGUAAGUUACCUAAUUCAUGCAUUGAAAAAUUAACAGCUCUUAUUAAAGAAGAUGAAGAUAUAUUUCGAAAACACAAUUUCACAACUCUUUCUAAAUCAAAUGAUAUAAAAAAUAGUAUAUGUAAUGCUAGAAGACCCGUUCUCACUGAAGACGUUUGCCGUAAUGAUAACUUUCAUAAUCCCGAUAGGCGUUAUGAGUGCAGUGAUCAAAGAGAUUCCUCAGGAUCUGGAGAUCCAUAGUAAUUUUACUUUAUGUUUGUGAUAACCCUUCAUCUCUUCGAUAUUAAGACGAUUGCACAUGUAAAGUGAUGCCACGCUUUUCUGCUUUGUACAUUAUGUUUCCGUAUAUACCUGAUUUCUACUUUCUUGUCUUAUCAUUAUUUUGUGCACAGAUACGUGUUUUAGUUUAUUUGCUUUUCUGAAAACAAAACUGUACAUAUACUCGAAGUUUUCAAAGUUUCUUGUACUUUGCUGUUCGUCUAACUUGCUCAAAAUACAUGUCAUUAAAUGAUAUGCAUUCGUAGGAUUUUUCGUUGUAUUUCUGGUUUCCUGCAAUUUUUCACACUUAAUGCCUUACAGCGAAAUCUUAGUGCACAAAGCUCUUUUCUAUCAUACAAAUUUCAUUUCGAGA